UAAAGUUAAGGUAAGAAUCACUUCUUCUUUUAUAUUUUGAAAGACAAGGCCUGAAAUUGUUUCAUUUUGAAUGAUAUUGUCAUAUUUGCAGCAAUGAAGCCUCAGCAGAUAGGAGUGCGACCAACUCGUCGAGCAAAGAGGAAGGCGGCCAGGAAGAUUGCGAUGAUGACAAGGUCAAGUAGUGGCGAAGAAGACAGCGACUCGGAUGAUGACACCACCAGCCAACAUUCGGCCGCCAGCACUGAAGGCGGGCGAACUACCAAAGGGGAGGUCCGGCGGAAGGGAGGUGGUGAUCAAGAUGGGGAGGGGGGAAUGUCUUCCGAGUCAGGUAGUAACGGGGGCGAGGAAGAAACCAACGAUUCAGAUGAAGAAAGUGAUCAAGGCGAGGUCAACAUGGAUGACGACAAAGAAGACGAAUCGUUGGUGGGACGGCAAGGCCGAAAAAGGACUCGGACCAACACCAUCGGUCCAGCUGGAAAAGUGAAAAGGCGAUCUCGGCGGACAUCGUCCCAAAACAGUUUUUCUUCGUCGUCUGUGACGUCAAAAGUGGCAUUGCCAAAACCGCCGCGAAAGCGAAUUACACAUCGAGCACGCUUCUCAGAUGUCGAUAGGGAGACAUUGGAAAAAGAGUUUACCAUUGACCGAAAUCCUGAUAUGACGAAAAGAAAUGAAAUAGCAACAAGACUUAACGAGGCAUCGCCUGACGAUGACGAAAAGACACCCACCCACAUUAAAAACUGGUUUAAGCACAGAAGACAAAAGAAACCUGGUGAUGUAAAAACCUUUACACGUGACCAGGUGGCAAUCUUGGAAAAAUCCUAUAAGAUCAAUCAUUUUCCUGAUCAAAACGAAAAAAUUAGCCUUUCAUCGGCUUUACAAAUUCCCUGGGAUAUGCGACUCAAAAACUGGUUUUCGGAUCGGAGAUUCCGAGGAUCCACCCCACUUUUGCUGAACACUCCUUUGCAAGCAAUGCCGACAAGGAACAUAAAUCCUCAAGUUUUUUCUAUUUUGAAAACUGGUGAUGGCACUAGGAUGAUGUGGCGCCCAUUGUUGCCAUCAGAGAAUACCUCUAAACUCUGGAAAUUGUAUCUCACGUUUUGGGAGGAUGAAACAGGGGUGCAGAUGGGAACGUCAGUAUGCAUCACUUUAGACAAUAAUAUGGACGAUGCAGCAAAAGUCAUUUACAACGCGAUAAUGAAUGGGACCGAGAGAGGCUGCAGUUUCCGACUUUUCGUCCGUAAGAACAAACUCCGACCACGGCAUGGCUCAAUUGGACUCGGGAUUUAUGGAGACUCAGAGUUGGCUACCAAGAAGCCAAAAUGGUAUCUCCGAUGGAUGGUCAAGGCGAUGGGAACAUUAAAACCUCUUGAAUGCAUCGAGAUGCUCCACGGCUGUGCAGAAUAUCUCAACGAGGUCGCCAGGCAAUGCCUUGAUCUCAUGGAUCCGAAAAUGAAGAGGUGGAUGGAUUUUUCUAGCGAUGCCAUGGAACGUCACAUCAAUGACCUCAGCAACCCUUUUCCAGGAACAGAUGAAGACUUGGAUUAUCGAUUUAAAACAAAGGAGAAGUAUGGAUUCGACCCCGAAGCGGACGAUACUCAAAUCGUCCGUCAACCUGGACGCACUAUUUUCAUUCAUGGAUAGGAACCAGGUGCGAUACAUACACCCAACACUCGUCAUUUUAAAUUAAAACCAUCAUCAUAUUUAUUAUUUAAUUGAUUUUCUACAUUAAGAUUCAUGAAUCAUCUGAACCACAAUAAAAAAUAAAUAAAAUAA